CGGUCCGAACGAUGCGCGCGCGCCGUUUGCCGUGUUUCUGCACCCGCGUCCAGUCGUCCGCCGCGCGCGCACCUAUCUACAUUGCUGUCGCUCCACACUCGCUUCGAAUCCGUCUCGUUGUGCACGCGUAUUACCCUCCCCCGAAGUACUCGGCACGUGUACUUACUCUAUCUCUUUCACGGGCAGCUCUCGCCCCGGACUUCCACGAACCUCGAUAAUGGGCCGAUAAAGACUAAUUACUGUGUGUAGUUUGCCAUUUAGGAAUCGAGUGACGAGUGACGGUUCGCGAGUGCAGUGUCAGGGCUGUGAUGGCUGAGAAUCACGCACUAAUACCUGAAGCUACCUCGAUGUAUACUCAGACGAACAUGAAGGAGUCUCACGACAUAUCGAAGAACUUGAUGAGCGGUGAUUUUGAGAGACAGUUUAGGGGUGCAAUGGUGGAGAAGACUGACAGGCGGUGGCAGACAUGGCUGAUCACGCUGACCGUGGUGUUUGGGGCACUGGUGGCAUGGCUGCUGGUGCUGACCAUAGUUCGUGAGGUGCAGGUCCGACAGCUGCGUCAUGAAGUAGACGAGCUGUCUGUCAAUUUGAUUGCCAUGUCCGCCAACGUCAAGAGUCUUAGCCAGAAGAUAGAAAAGAAUAAACUGUUCAACGAGUUCAAGGAUUUGCAGGACACGAUCUACGCAGAUGACGACAUCAGCAGCAUAGUGGAUGACAAAGAUGACACAAAGGAUCGAUCUUAUGACUCGCUAGAGAAGCUGCAUGGCCUGACGGUUCUGGAGGAUGAUAACAUGGGUGAUGAUGAGGACCUUAUGGAUACUGGGGACGAUGCUGAAAGCGGGGACUGGUACCCUGACUAUGAUAAGAGGGCACAACAUGUUGGCACAUCAAACAUGGUGCACCUUCGGCCUGAGGACUUCGUCGACAGCGACGUGGCCUUUGGAGACAAGUCUGUGAUGGCCAACAUCGGGGAGAUCAAGAGAAGGCUCAAUGAGAACCCUGAAGACCCUGACUUGCCUGAGCUCCAACCAGCCCUCCAAGCAGCAAAACCGACUAAGCCGACAGAGGAAGAAGGAUCCCGACACAAACGCAGCGUCUUCCCAGACUCACGAGCCGUUGAUGAGUUCGCAGCACCCAGAGUAACGGCGAAGACUGAUGAAAGACGUAAAACGAAGAAGUUCUCCCCGAACUUGGACUAUCCUCAGACCCCGAAAAUGGCAAUGCACACGGUCACAAGAACUGCAAGGAACAGCGAAUUUGAGGACAUGAGGAGGCCUUUCAUAGCGGCACAUUUCCAUGGCAACACAUCUCAUUUGAGCCCUGAAAUACACGAGCACUACAAAGGUAACGGUCUAGUUCGUGUGUCGCAUGGCGCUGCUCACGACGUGUGGUACCCCGCACCCUGGACCGUGGCAUCACCACAUCCUCGACCUACGCUCACUCGCAGCGGACACGUGCAUGUACACCACACUGGCGUCUAUUUGGUCUAUGUACAGAUUUACUAUCUGGAUAGUCACGACGUCAUCUCCUGGGUGCUCCACCGCACGAAUGCCGACAUUGAGGGUCGGGAGACACUCCUGCAAUGUGCUCAAUCAUCCCACUCGACAGAACAAAUCGACAAGCCCAACUCUUGCUUCUCAGCUGCUGCCCUGUUCCUUAAAGCUGGUGACAGGCUAGCUGUGAGGAAUACAGGAGGGGACAGGCACUCCUUGAUGCAACCAGAGAAGAGCUUCAUCGGGCUUGUGAAGCUGGCGGACGCUGAGGAUCCAACCCAAGAGCUGUAGACUCUCUACCUCCAAGUUCCAGCAGUUCUUAGUAACUUUGUCUUCGUUAAGAGUUUUGUAUCGAGUAAAUAACACCUAGAACGAGAAAAUAAGGAAUCGAU